GAUGUGGAAGGUAAGACAUGUUUUGUGAGGCCGUUGUUCAUACUUACUAUGUGUUGAGGCACAGCAAUUAUCACUAUAUGCACAGGGGUGAUCGUAUCUUCAACAAAUGGACCAAUUCCAAACAACAACAUGUCAAGGAUCAGUAUUAAUGAUUUUCUGGUGUUGAGUCCAACUGACUACCGUGCCAGUAGGCUCCUAUGCGAGUCCCAACGGACCCAGAAUUACAUCAGUUUACACUACGGUUGUCUCGUUGGUGAUGGGAGUGGUCCAGUGACCUGUGCUCGUGAAGGUCCGCAGGCCACACCAGAUCGUGGCAGAGUGGCGCGGGGAUGGGUUGGAAGAAGUGGCCAGAGGGGGGAUUAUAGAGUCUAUUCACUGCAGAGGAGGUUGGAAAAUGCAGAGGAAGGGUAUUUCAACUGUGUUAUGGAGGGCGAUAUUAACCCUCUAUCGGGUCUGUUCGUUCUGCAUCCCAUCACUGCGGUAACUGCAUUUAUUGAGGUGGAGGCGGGAACAUUGACAUUCCGAGUGAGGUGUACCUCCACUGGUGGUAGAGCUCUC